UUGCCUCUUUUCCUGGGCCUCUGUUUCCACAUCUGUGCAAUGGGAACAGUUAUUUAUGGUGGCUGCUGAAUGAGGCAGUGUGUGUUUGAACAAACCCAGGGGAAUUGUUCAGAGGCUGUUAUGAGUAUUGCUACAGUGACUGCUGUUGUAGUCACGCUGAGUGAGAAAAAGAGGUUGAAGAGGGUCAGGGGAGGAGUCCUGGGAAGUUCCCCAGUCACCCUGAAAAACUGGUUCAACCUCUUGUCUGUGCUCCCAUCCCAGGGAGUAUAGGUGGAGCCUCCAGAGCCCAUGGACAGGGCAUGCUGGGGCUGGGCCAGCCCCAGCGGUGUCUCUAAGGCACCCCUGGGAUCCCCACCGAGCUGGCCUACUUCAGACAGCCAGGGCCCUCUGGCCCCCUUAGUGUCCAGCUCGUGGCCCCUUGGCAUUUCCACAAGACGCCAAGAUGGAGAUUCCCAUGGGGACCCAGGGCUGCUUCUCAAAGAGCCUCCUGCUCUCAGCCUCAAUCCUGGUCCUCUGGAUGCUCCAAGGCUCCCAGGCAGCUCUCUACAUCCAGAAGAUUCCAGAGCAGCCUCAAAAGAACCAGGACCUUCUCCUGUCAGUCCAGGGUGUCCCAGACACCUUCCAGGACUUCAACUGGUACCUGGGGGAGGAGACGUAUGGAGGCACGAGGCUAUUUACCUACAUCCCUGGGAUACAACGGCCUCAGAGGGAUGGCAGUGCCAUGGGACAGCGAGACAUCGUGGGCUUCCCCAAUGGUUCCAUGCUGCUGCGCCGCGCCCAGCCUACAGACAGUGGCACCUACCAAGUAGCCAUUACCAUCAACUCUGAAUGGACUAUGAAGGCCAAGACUGAGGUCCAGGUAGCUGAAAAGAAUAAGGAGCUGCCCAGUACACACCUGCCCACCAACGCUGGGAUCCUGGCGGCCACCAUCAUUGGAUCUCUUGCUGCCGGGGCCCUUCUCAUCAGCUGCAUUGCCUAUCUCCUGGUAACAAGGAACUGGAGGGGCCAGAGCCACAGACUGCCUGCUCCGGGGGGCCAGGGAUCUCUGUCCAUCUUGUGCUCGGCUGUAUCCCCAGUGCCUUCAGUGACGCCCAGCACAUGGAUGGCGACCACAGAGAAGCCAGAAUUGGGCCCUGCUCAUGAUGCUGGUGACAACAACAUCUAUGAAGUGAUGCCCUCUCCGGUCCUCCUGGUGUCCCCCAUCAGUGACACAAGGUCCAUAAACCCAGCCCGGCCCCUGCCCACACCCCCACACCUGCAGGCGGGGCCAGAGAACCACCAGUACCAGCAGGACCUGCUAAACCCCGACCCUGCCCCCUACUGCCAGCUGGUGCCAACUUCCUGAUGGGUCCUGGGCCAGGCCAGCCAGGGAGAAGACAAGGCCCCAGCCCUCCUCUGGGAGCCUCACACCUGAGACCAGCAGGACAAGGCCAUCGGGGGCUGUGGGGCCGAUGGGGUGGACUCAGCCAAAGACUCAGCAGCACAUGGGGCAGGUGUCCUGGCAGGGGGACAGGAGACUGUAACAGGCCCAGGUCCCUGUGCAGCCCCUGAAUGCACGCCCACCUUCGGUCUGUUCCUUCAAGCAAGCUGGCCUGGGCCAUGUGCAUGUGAAAGGCAGGCUCUGGCCCCUUUCCAUGCCAAAGUCCCCCAAGAUCUGGAUAUCUGGGGACAAGAUGGUGGCCUCAGGCCUGCCUCCCAGGCAGUUGGCUGGGCUCCCAAAUGUCUGUCCUCAAUGCCCUACCCCAACUCCACUAGUGACCCUCAGAGUCUUCUCCCCUUAGGACAAGGCAGACACCCCACCAUGCGGGCCUCAGGUGGCAGAGAGGCCCAGCCUCACAGGCCUGUGGCCCCACACACCAGUCCCAGCAAGGUGACCACGGCUGCCGGACCCCUUCCCUGUUCAGGCAGGCCCAGCCCCUCUCAGAACCCGCUGCCAGCUGCUGGUCUUGGCCCCCACCCUGAAUCUCACUGAGUCCCUCUGGGCAGCAGCUCCCUUCUCCACCCCACCCCAGCCCGCAUCCCAAAUGUGGCCUCAGCUUGUCCUCCCCUUCCCCAAACUAUGCAUUCAUUUAGCAAUAAAUGAGCCUUUGCUGUAUGCCAGACCCAGUUCUAAGCUCUUGCAGCCCUGGUAGAAAGCAAAACAAAAACUCCCGCUUUCCCAGAGGGUCACUUGGCAGGGGAAAGAAUCAGGAAAUAAAAUAAAUAAUGAACA